GCCCACCAAAAUUCUCUCCAUCUCUUUUCACCUUUUUCUGCUGAAUCAUCUCCAUAGCUUCUGCUCAUUGCUGACAGUAUCUCCUAGGAUUCAGCAAAGCUUGUUGUUUCAAGAAAGGUAUUUUUUUUUCUCGCUGUAAUUGGUUCCCUGCUUCAGAUGGGGAGGCAUUCUUGCUGUUACAAGCAGAAACUAAGGAAAGGCCUGUGGUCACCUGAAGAGGAUGAGAAGCUUCUCAGGCAUAUCACCAAGUAUGGCCAUGGAUGCUGGAGCUCUGUUCCUAAGCAAGCAGGUCUACAGAGGUGUGGGAAGAGCUGCAGAUUGAGGUGGAUUAAUUACUUGAGGCCUGAUUUGAAGAGAGGCACAUUCUCACAGGAGGAAGAAGACCUCAUAAUUGAACUUCAUGGCGUUCUGGGAAAUAGGUGGUCCCAAAUUGCAGUCCAAUUGCCUGGAAGAACUGACAAUGAAAUUAAAAAUCUAUGGAACUCUUGCUUGAAGAAAAAGCUCAGGCAGAGAGGGAUUGACCCUGUCACCCACAAACCCCUUUCGGAGGUUGAGAAUGGAGAAGAGAUGGAUCAACAAACCAACAGCAGAAACAAGAAUUCUGGGUCAUCCAGUGAAUUGAACCUCAAUGCUGAGAAUCCUAAACCCGGCCCAGCUUUACAACAGCAACAACAUACCUCAGUUUCUGCACACGGCUAUCAGACAGGAAUGGAGUGUUCUUCAAGCACCAAGGCUAUGAAUAGUGGCAACAAUAACUUAAUAGCGUCCUCAACUGCAAAUGACUUCUUUCUGGAUAGAUUUGCUACCACAGCCUCCAACGCCCAGCAAUCAGAGUUUGUAGGGCAUCUUCCUAUUCCCCAAUUGAAUUACUCAUCCGGUGCCAGACUCCCAACAACAACCUCAAGCUCCAAUCUCUGGUUUCCUCAAGGUGCAUUAGCAGGAUCAAUUGAAUUCUCUUCCAAUGCAAUAUGUACCGUCCUCCCCUCUUUGACAAGCUCGUUCACUUCUGCUGCUCCUAUGGGUUUCAAGCCUUCUAUCACCGUUCCUUCUGAAAAUCCUUCAAUGCCUUCUUUUGCAACCACUGGAUCCUGCUACUGGGAAGCCAGUGCUGCCUCCAACAGCAGCAGUGGUAGCAGCAGCAGAGAGUUACAAAGCAACAGCUCCUUCUUCGAAAACAGCGGCUUCUCUUGGGGGUUGGUUGAUUGCAGCACAUCAGACAAAGAUGCCCAAAUUCAUCUCAUGGAAAGCCAACCUGAAGAAGUAAAGUGGCCUGAAUACCUCAAUAACCCUUUACUAAUGGCUGCCGCUUUACAAAAUCAGACUCCACAGUCUUUAUACAAUGAGAUAAAAACAGAAACACAUUUCUUGCCUCAUAGUUCAACCACCAUGUGGCCUUAAAACCAACAACAAGAGGAGUCCUUACACAAUUCUGAUGUGUCCAGAAAGUGGGCAUAUUUAGCUUUCCAUUCAUGAAGAGACAGGGGCUUGAACAAUGCGGCGUCUUAUAUCAGGUGUGUGUCACAUAAUUUUUUUCCUUUCUUUUCUUGUAUAUAGGUCUGAUACAAGAAAUCAUCACCUCUGCUUUUGAGCAUUUGUGAGCAAAAACAUCUUGUUCUUGUCAUAUUAUUACCUCUUUUUUUCUUGAGUGUGGGGCAGAAGUGCAGAAUAAGAUUUGCUUUCAGUUUUCCUUUUUUUUUUUUUUUUUUUUUUUUUCCUUUCUUCUUGCUCAUUGCUUAUUGGCCAUGUAUAUCAGCAGGAUGGUGUUGCAAUUCUCUGUAAACAAUCAGAAGGAAAAAGAAAAUUUUGUUAUUCAU